GUAUUUCCAGUGACACAGUGGUGCGGCGUAGCUCCGUCUCCCAGGAAGAGUUGCUGGAGCUGAUUGACAAGAUGAACCGUGACUGGAGGGUCAGCGGAUUGUUGGUGCAGCUGCCACUUCCCGAGCACAUCAAUGAGCGAGCAGUAUGUAAUGCCAUUGCUCCAGAGAAGGAUGUGGACGGCUUCCACAUUGGGAAUAUUGGUAAGCUGUGUCUAGACCAGAGAUCCAUGGUGCCUGCCACACCUGCAGCUGUCUGGGAGAUCAUCAAAAGAGCAGGUAUUGAGACGGUGGGGAAGAAUGUGCUGGUCGCUGGUCGCUCCAAAAAUGUUGGAAUGCCCAUCGCAAUGUUGCUGCACACGGAUCGCAAGCAUGAACGCCCCGGGGGUGAUGCCACAGUGACCAUUGCCCACAGAUGUACACCCAAGGAACAGUUGAAGGAGCUAACCAGCCUGGCUGACAUUAUCAUUUCAGCGGCAGGUAAUUACACCCCAGACACCAUAA